CCCUGUGACCCCUAGCACCCCAGGGAGCCCACCUGUGAGUCCUGGGCCCUUGUCACCAGGAGGCACCCCGGGGAAGCAUGUCUGUGGCCACCAUCUGCACACAGUGGGAGGUGUCGUUGAACGGGAUGUGUGCCAACGCUGUAGGCAUAAGCGAUGGCACUUCAUAAGACCUACCAACAAGUCCAAAGAAGCCCGGCCACGGCGUCACGGGGAGGUCACUGUCCUCUCUGUCGGCAGGUUUAGGGUUACAAAAGUGGAGCACAAGUCCAACCAGAAGGAGCGGAGAAGUUUGAUGUCUGUAGGUGGGACUGAGAGUGUCAACGGGGAUGUGCCUGUGACGCCUGUGAAGAGAGACCGAAGUGGCACGGAGUAGCAGGUGAGCUGUGGGCUGGGGGACA